AUGUUUGGCAUUUCGUCAUCCGAAGCAAAUAGAAAAUCCGCGUCAUUUUCUCGUCUUCGACUUCUCAAAGAUCUCGCGGAUUUAAAUUCUUUGCCAUCAAUUUGUCAAGUAGCUCCAGAUGAUCCUGCUGAUGUUUCUCAUCUUACUGUAACAAUUUCACCCGAUGAGGGUUUAUAUAAAGGAGGUCGUUUUGUCUUCUCGGUCAUCGUGUCUGAUGAAUAUCCGUUCAGUCCACCGAAAGUCAAAUGUACACAGAUCAUUUAUCAUCCAAAUAUCGAUUUAAAUGGAAAUGUUUGUUUAAAUAUUCUAAGAGAAGAUUGGCAACCGAUGCUUUCAAUAGAAACAAUCGUUAUCGGUUUGGUAUUUCUAUUUAAAGAGCCAAAUCCACAUGAUCCAUUAAACCACGAUGCUGCUGCUGUAUACAAUCAAAAUAUCGAUCUGUUCAAAUCAAAUGUUGAGAAAACAAUGGUUGGUAGAACUGUGGAUAAUAUAAAAUAUGAUAAUGUACUUAUUUAA